UGCGAUGGGAUACAUCGAACUUUUGCAAGAUGGUAAUGGUCUCGAAAAACUGGUACGAAUCGAAGAACAGCUACGGUACAUCAAGUCUUCCACGUUUCCUUGGAUGUUUACCAUCAUUGCAAGUCUGUCCGGUAGUCUGCCAACUUUUCUAUUGCGAAAAUCGAUUCAUGGCGCUAUGAAAGGGGAAACUGUUAGAACCUACACAGCUUCUAUAUUUAUCAUGUAUCGACACCCAUUUCGACUCUUUGGAUAUCCGGUGACUAAACUGGGGUCGGUUGGAUCCAGGCUGGAGGGAACGAACGGUGUUGCAUUUUUCAUAGUUUCGUCGCACGAUAAGAUUCGUAUUAGUGUGAUGGGUGACUCUACAAUCUUGCCGGAACAUGAGGGAAAAUCUCUGCUCGAUGGAAUGCUCGGGGAAGUGGAAAUACUCGGAAAUUUGUUAGAAACACGUGCCCAUAUCGAAGUAACUAUUGACACGAAGGAAGAGAUAGGUGGACUAGCCUUCGAAAACUUUGAUGCAUUUAAAAAAUAGUGCAAUUCGGGAAACUUGUUGAAUCAUACCAGCUUCAA